UCCUUUCACAAAAUAUAGUCAGAAUUCUGAAAAAGGAGAUAUUGUUUCGAAAGAGAGAAAGAAAUGGCGCAAGCAGUAAUGGUGAAGGUUGAAGAAGUGAAGGUUGCAGAAGAAGUUCAUAAGAAGAAUCGUAUUCAAGUUUCUAACACCAAGAAACCUCUCUUCUUCUACCUCAAUCUCGCUAAGAGGUACAUCAAGCAGCAUAAUGAUGUUGAGCUCUCUGCUCUGGGCAUGGCUAUUCCUACCCUUGUUACCAUUGUCGAGAUUCUCAAGGCAAAUGGUCUUGCAGUGGAGAAAAAAGUUUUGACAUCAACAGUUGGCUCGAAAGAUGAGAACAAGGGCCGUCUUGUUCAAAAGGCAAAGCUUGAGAUUUUUCUGGAAAGGAAUGAUAAAUCUCCUACCUCUGCAGAGACUGCUGAUCCGGCAAUAGCGCCUGUACCUGAGACUGAAACUAAGGAAGUAACAGAUGAAUCAAAGCAAAGUGAAUCAGAAACCGAGGCUGGAACUGAUGAGAUAAAGGAAGGAUGAUCUUGAUUAUUCUACAAUAUAUGCUCAAUCUGUUAUCUGUUUAACAACAAAUAUUCUGCAACAAAUAUUGUUAGGGUAGCUAUUAGCAUGCAUAGUUUCAAGCAACAUUGUAGGUAGAUAAAUGUAAGUAAGCCUGUGGUAAAAUCUAGGAAGUAGCUGGAGAGAUUCUUCAAUUCGGAUCUCUCUGUUUCACUUUUCCAUAAUAUGUUGUUGAUCAGUACAUUACAUUUCUUAGGGAAGCAAAUCCCUUAUUAUACAAAUUGAACAUCAGUAUAUAUACUCAGUUUUAUUCCAAA